AUGUCCAAAGACACAAUUGUAGUGAUCGGUGCGGGUGUUAUUGGCCUUUCCACAGCACUAUGCAUCCAACAACAUCUCACUCCUGCGCAAUCCAUCCUCCUGGUAGCCCGCGACUUUCCCUCGGAGACUUCCGUCAACUACGCCUCGCCAUGGGCAGGAGCCCACUACCGUCCUGUGCCGGGCUCCUCGCAACAGGCCCUGAGGGAGGCAAACCAAGCACAGCGCACGUACGAAUUCCUGAAGCGGACUGCGGCCGCUGAGCCCGGUGCGGGAAUCAAAUUCGUCGAGGGUGUCGAGCACCUCGAAGCCCCACCGCCAGAGUACCUGGAUGAGCAGAGUGUGCGCAAUGUUUAUUCGCAUCUGGAUGAGUUCCAGACUCUGGGGAAAGAUGAGGUUCCUGUCGGCGUAGUGUGGGGUGUGAAGUACGGGACGUAUGUGAUCAACUCGCCUGUCUACUGUGCGCAUUUGUUGCGCAAGUUCGUUCUUAAGGGGGGCGAAACGAGGCAGUAUACGCUCGCCAAUUUGAAAGAGGCGUUUAGUAUGGCAGGGAAUGUGAAGACUGUGGUAAACUGCUCUGGAACUGGGUUUGAGGACCCGAAGUCGUUUAUUAUCAGAGGUCAAACUUGUCUUGUUCGUAAUCCCGUCUCGAAGACCAUUACUCGUCAGAAUACGGAUGGCUCGUGGUCCUUCUGUAUCCCGCGUCCCCUCGAAGGCGGAACCAUCAUUGGAGGCACAAAGGAGCCGAAUAACUGGGAUCCGAACCCGUCACUGGAAACUAGAAAGCAACUCCUCGCUAACGCAACCAAAUGGUUUCCUUUCACACCCGAGAGCGGCGGCCAGUUUGAUGUGAUUCGCGAUAUCGUCGGUCGGCGGCCGGCUCGAGAGGGUGGUCUGCGCAUCGAGGCAGAGAAGCUCGCUGAUGAUCGAUAUAUCGUCCAUGGGUAUGGCGCUGGUGGUCGCGGGUUUGAGCUGUCUCGUGGUGUUGCAGAAGAUAUUGUAUCCGUGAUGCUUGAGAAGAGGUUGCUGCAGGCCAAAGCCUUGCUGUAA